UUUCCACAAUCUCUGGAUGGUUGGCUUCACGGAGCUCACCUAUUUGUUUGGAAAGCUGAUAAUUUGCCAUGCAGAUCAGUAUCUCCACAUCCAUCUUCUGGAGCUAUCCCAGUGCUUCCUCUAGUGUAUAAAGCAUGCUUGGUUUCUGAAGAAGCAGAGAGCAGCACUAUGUGAGGUGUGUCAGAGGACAGAAAGGAGGCAGCCAAGAACAAGAGCCACACAAUUAAGUGGCAAGACUUUCAUGCCAACAUGUCAGGGCUUAACCCUAUCCUGACACCUCCUGAGGUGAAGGAGUACCUGACCAAGGGCGAACGCUUUAUCAAGUGGGAUGAUGACAACACAAAUGCUUCUCCUGUGAUUCUACGGGUUGAUCCAAAGGGCUUUUAUCUAUACUGGACCUCUCAGAGUAAGGACAUGGAAUUUUUGGAUAUCACAAGCAUUCGAGACACUAGAGUAGGAAAAUUUGCCAAGAUUCCCAAGAGCCAGAAGCUCCGAGAGGUCUUCAACUUAGAGUUCCCAGACAACACCUUCUUGCUCAAGGCUUUGACAGUGGUUUCUGGUCCUGAUAUGGUGGACCUUACCUUUCACAAUUUUGUCUCCUAUAAAGAAAAUGUUGGAAAGAGUUGGGCAGACGAUAUCAUGGCCAUUGCUAGGAACCCAUUUACAUACAAUGCUUCCCGUUAUACCUUCCUGGAAAAAAUAAUGGUGAAGUUGAAGUUGCAGCUGAAUCCAGAGGGGAAAAUUCCUGUUAGAAAUAUUUUUCAAAUGUUUCCUGCAGACAGAAAAAGAGUAGAAGCUGCACUAAGUGCUUGCCAUCUUCCGAAAGGCAAGAAUGAUGGCAUCAAUCCAGAGGACUUCCCUGAAACAGUGUUCAAAACAUUCCUGAUGAACCUGUGUCCUCGGCCGGAGAUUGAUGAGAUAUUUACCUCACACCAUUCAAAAGCCAAGCCGUACAUGACCAAAGAUCACUUGACCAAAUUUAUCAACAAGAAACAGCGAGAUUCCCGCCUCAAUGACAUGCUUUUCCCCCAUGCCAAGCCAGAGCAAGUGCAGAGCCUCAUUGAAAAGUAUGAGCCCAGUGGGAUGAAUAUUCAGAGAGGGCAACUGUCUCCAGAGGGAAUGGUUUGGUUCCUGUGUGGCCCUGAAAACAGCAUAGUCUCCCAGGACAAACUGUUGCUGUACCAGGAUAUGAGCCAACCGCUCUCUCACUAUUUCAUCAACUCAUCUCACAACACCUAUCUAACAGCUGGGCAAUUUUCCGGCAUCUCAUCUCCUGAAAUGUAUCGCCAGACUCUCUUGGCUGGUUGCCGCUGUGUGGAACUGGAUUGCUGGAAGGGUCGUCCUCCGGAUGAGGAGCCCAUCAUCACCCAUGGGUUCACCAUGACCACUGAGAUUUUAUUCAAGGAUGCAAUUGAAGCUAUUGCAGAAAGUGCUUUCAAAACUUCUCCUUACCCUGUGAUCCUGUCUUUUGAGAACCAUGUGGACUCGCCCAGGCAGCAGGCGAAGAUGGCUGAGUACUGCAGAACCAUAUUUGGGGACAUGCUGCUGACCGAACCACUGGAAAAAUUUCCACUAAAACCAGGAGUUCCACUGCCAAGCCCCCAGGAACUCAUGGGGAAAAUCUUGAUUAAGAACAAGAAGAACCAGUUCAUGUCCGGCGAGAACCAGCAGGACACUUUGAAGAAAGGGAGGAGUCUGGAGGAGGAAGUUACUGACCAGCCCACACCGAUAGAGGGGGACAGCACAGCCAGGGCAGGUGAGGUGGCUGAAGAGGUGCCCGAAGUGCAGGGAGACCUGGGAACCUUGAAUGAAGAAGAGAUGGAAAAGCUGCAGUCUGAUGAGGGUACUGCAGGUCUCGAAGUGACAGCUUAUGAAGAAAUGUCUAGCCUGGUUAAUUACAUCCAGCCAAUCAAAUUUGAGUGUUUUGAAAUCUCAGCACAGAAGAACCGAAGCUAUGUUGUUUCCUCAUUUACCGAAAUGAAGGCUUAUGAGCUACUGACCAAAUCUCCCAUCCAGUUUGUAGACUAUAAUAAGAGGCAGAUGAGCCGAAUUUAUCCCAAAGGCACUCGGAUGGACUCUUCUAACUACAUGCCUCAGAUGUUCUGGAAUGUUGGCUGCCAAAUGGCGGCAUUAAAUUUCCAGACAACAGAUGUCCCCAUGCAGCAGAACAUGGCGCUAUUUGAAUUCAAUGGGCAGAGUGGUUACCUCCUCAAGCAUGACUUCAUGCGUCGCCAGGAUAAGCAAUUUGAUCCUUUCUCCGUGGAUCGCAUUGAUGUGGUGGUGGCAAGCACAUUGUCAAUAACGAUAAUUUCUGGCCAGUUCCUCUCAGAGCGCAGUGUGAGAUCAUAUGUCGAAGUGGAGUUGUUUGGGCUUCCAGGUGACCCAAAACGCAAAUACAGAACCAAACUGACACCGAAUGCCAACUCAGUCAACCCUGUAUGGAAGGAGGAUGCUUUUGUAUUUGAAAAGAUUUUGAUGCCAGAGCUUGCUUCUCUCCGAAUUGUGGCUUUGGAUGAAGGAGGAAAGUUCAUCGGUCAGCGUAUCAUUCCCAUCACUGUUGUGCGUACAGGUUAUCAACAUAUUUGCCUUCGUAGUGAGAGCAACAUGCCACUAACUAUGCCCUCUCUCUUUGUGUAUGUGGAGAUAAAAGACUACAUUCCCGACUCAUGGGCAGAUCUGACCAUGGCCCUUUCCAACCCAAUAAAGUUUUUUAAUGCGCAUGACAAGAAGUCACCAAAGAACCAAGAGAAAAAUACUGAGAGGCCCAACUUGCAAAAAAGUCAUUCAGCUGCUCAGCUCAGUACUAAUGGGUUACCUAAUCCUGCCGGAACCUUUAGUAUUCCUCCUUCCAAUGGACUUGCAGGAACUUCGGCCACAAGGAAAGAAGAGACUACAAAAGAACCUGCAAAAGGAACUACAGUGCCCCAGACAGUUAGCAUUGAAGAGCUGCAGCAGAUAAAGAGUUUUGGAAAACUGCUGAAGAAGCAAGAAAAGGAGCAGAAGGAGCUGGAGCGGAAAAUGCUGAAACGUAGGGAAGAGCUGUUGCAGAAAUAUGCUGUCUUAUUCGUGGAGCUGGUUUUCCAGGCUGACAAAAAGAAAAUCCCAUGCCAGAAAAAGAAAAGCUGCAGGAGGUUGGCUGACCCCAGUGGAGGAGGGAAUGCUGUAGAGAUGGCCGAAAGUCCUGACAACAGAGUCUUGGAGCUGAAAGAGAAGCUGGAGGAAGAACUAAUCCAGUUAGGGGAAGAGCAGUAUGAUUUGAUUCGGAAGAAGAAAGAGCAGCAUGCCACAGAGCAAGUUGCUAAAAUGAUAGAACUUGCGAGAGAAAGGCAAGCAUCUGAGCUGAAGACAUUAAAGGAGUCCUCGGAAAGUGACACUAAAGAAAUGAAGAAAAAACUGGAGGCCAAGAGACAGGAUCGAAUCCAAACCAUGGCUAAGAACACCAGUGAUAAGGGUGCCCAAGAAAGAUUGAAGAGAGAAAUCAAUAAUGCACACAUUCAAGAAGUCGUACAGAUGGUCAAACAGAUGAAUGAAAAGCAGGCCAGGUAUCAAGAAAUACUGGAAGCAAAGCAGGCAGCCUGCCUAGAGAAAAUCAAGGAAAAAGAAAACCAGCUCCAGCAAGAGGCAUUUGAAGAAUAUGAAGAGAAAGUGAAAACUCUCAGUGCAGAGGUGCAAGAUUUAGUGAAGAACAGUGGGAAAGUCUGUUUCCCUCUGGAACCUGACAUGGUAAAGGAUGAGGUCCUAAAUUCUGCCAGUGAGGGAGAUCAGGACCUGAAGCAAGAAAACAACCUGCAAGAAAACAACCUGGUGCUUGAGAACCCUGUUGGGUUUGAAACACAAAUGGCUGAGAUUGUCACAGAGGAUGAGGAAUGCGCUACAGAAACGCAGGUCAGCAGAUUGUGAGACUCCACUUAAUCAUGUUAGGGUCUCCACAUGACCUGGACUUCUAAUUUUAAAAGACUUAUUUUAUUUCAGAUGUCACAGCUACAUAAACCUUAACUGGCUAUCUCUUA